AUGGCGUAUGACUUAUUGCAGCUGGUCACCCAGGGCGCCGAGAGGAAAGCCGAAGGUGGGAGCGACGGGAUCGCGCCGGUUAUGCAAAAGGCGAAAACGGUCACGUGUGGUAAAAUCAAAUCGCAGAGUUCUCUCGACAGUCGCCGCAUAAUUUCUAUUGUUCGUUCAAGCGUAACCCUUUCGCGAGUAAUCUCUAGAUUCUCCCCUUCGUACCCAGGUCUCGUGACGGCGGUCUUGUGCACCGUUCAGCGGAGUCUUGAACAUGGAAUCCCCAGGAGGAGCUUCCUGUCGCGCAGAGCGAUCGAUGGAACCAGAGGAAGGAAGUACUUCGAUCCGAGCGAGGACGAAUCGUUCGACAGCUACGGAUCCGCCGGCGGUCAGUACGAUCCGUACGAUCACAUAACGGAUCUAUCCGACAUCAGAAAAAAUGUGCCGGGUGAGCCGGGCAUCGAUUAUCCCGCCUACACGAGAUUACCUCAGACAGGAUUCACGUGCGAAGGACGUUCACGCGGUUAUUACGCCGACGAAGCGGCGGGCUGUCAGGUCUUCCACGUGUGCCACGACGUGCUGGUGUCCUCCUUCCUGUGCCCGAUCGGCUCGACUUUCAGCCAGAAGCUGCUGACCUGCGACUGGUGGACCAAGGUCGACUGUUCCGCCACCAGGAGAUAUUUCCAGGUGAAUCGCGAUAGCUAUCAGAUUGACGACGACGAGAUGAUUCGCAACGCGUACGCGAUGAUCAGCCUGCAGGCCUCCGCGGAGGCAGUCACCAAGGACGGUCUGGUGGAUCCGGACAGCGGCGCCAGGAUCAUCGACUACUCCGUGCUCGACGGCAGGACGGUGAUGGGGUACACGCCCAUGGGGAUCCGCCGGAUCACGGAUUACCCCGCGGUCGAGGCGACCGGAAACGACCUGCCGAGCGGAUUCGAGGACUAUCCUCAGCAGGACGCGCGGCAAAUCCUCAAUUACGAUCACCGGUAUCAGCAGAAGAAGGCGAACGUCGCGUACCAAGGCAAGCCGCACUUUAUGGAAAACAAGGGACGGUCGCCCUAUCAUGCGUCUGCGAUCAUUCAGCACGAUUAUCAGGAUCGAUCCGGCGAUAACGAGUUUCAGGACGACUAUCGCAGACCCGACGGGCUCACCAAUCGAUUACAGACGUCUUACGCGCCUACCGUUCCCACUGUUACCACCACCACCAGGAGAUUCUAUUCGCCCACGGUCCCGACGACCUACCGACCCUCCACAUUGGCCUAUAGCACGCAGGAUCUGAUGGUGGAUAGCUCCGAUCACCUUUAUGCGCACAGCAAAGGCCCGGUGACCCCUCCCACGAUUACUCAUCGGAAUGACGACACGAGUAAGAUUGAUUUGAGAGAGAGUGAAACGGGACACGGCGAUCCGAAGAAAUCGGAGAGCGCCUCGUCAUCGGCAACGAAUAAAGACGAUCGAAAAGGCGACGAUGUUCGCUCCAAGAAUGACGAGGCGCGUUUCGGGGAGACGUCGGAAACGAAUUUCCGAAUCAACGUGACCGACGCGAUUGACGAGGACGACGUAUUUAGGCAGCAGAAUGACAGGCCGGUAAUCCAGAUUGAUAGCGAGGGUAGCCUGGAAGACAUCGAGGCGAGAGACAGCAUCGGACUCGCUCGAGCGUUGAAUAAUCCACUUGGCAGGAUUAUCAUGCGGAAUCAAAAUCCUACGUACCAAGUGUCGAAGGCUGAGCGAACAAGCUCGACUACUCCUGUUCCACUGCAGACAGUUUUAAAUCGCUCAUCGGGACCUUACGAGAAAGCGGACGGUGCGAAUUUAUCGGGGGCCCCAAAGAAGCCGGGUGUCUUCAACGAAACGAGCAACGAUCAAUCGACGGAAGAUUACGAGGGUAUCUCCAGCUCGACGGCGAGGAGCCUCGACGGCGGAACGACUCCGCUGUUGAAACAUUGGGAACAGAGAGACGUGGCGCAAUUAUCAACCGUACCAAUGACUGCGACACCCGCGAUAAAUACGACUGAGAGAAGCGUCGACGAGAUCAAUGACGAAAUCGCUGUUCGCUCGUCAUCUAAUGAUAGCAGCGCAGCCGAGGACCAGAGCUCGUCGCCAACCGGAUCGAUCUCCAACUUCGACGGCGAGUCGGUGCACAAAAUAAACCUCAGUUUGGAGGUUCCUCAGCCAGCGCAGUUUUUGAAGCCUCCGGUGGAGCGUUUCCUUAUCAAUGUACCCGAAGAAUCGCGCUACACGACGAACAAUGAGAAUUCCAAGACUUCUUGGAACUCCGAGACGACGACCACGGAGAUCCCGCGGCUUUUUAGCACACUCGCCAGGAACGAAGGUCAAUCGCCGAUAUACGACGAGGAGCUGAUUGAUUACACAGACGAGGGUUUCGCGGAGACGCCUAAUUCGGGCGUUCAUUCGACUGUUCGAGUGGUCACCGAAGUGUCCACGUCCAUCCCCUGGCUCGUCCCCACGUGGCACGGUCGAUCGAUCGUCGAUGUUCCCGUGACCGAUAUCGUGCCGCCGAUCGUCGACUACAACGAUGGCUUCGGCGACUUUGUCCCGCCGAACGAAUACUCGUACGCAGAGCAAUUUGAUCACACAGAACCCGCGGAUUCUGCGCGAAGAGCGGAGGAUUCUCCGACAACCUCGAAGAGGAACGACAGCGAGGCGGAUAUCCUGGCUCGGUACAACACAGGAUUCCAAUUCACCAUUAGAGACGCUAUCAAGACUCAGAAAGGAUCGAAAGCAAGCUCCAGAUGCCGCUCUUCGAUUUUUGAGCAAGGAGGACGUUGCGAGACGAGUUCCGUCACGCCCAAGGUUGCGGUUACUACGCCGAGUGUGACGGAAAGGACAGUUUCGAUUGGCACGAAAGCGACUGCGAGGACUCCAGAAGUAAGUUUUUCGAGUAGCACGAGGAAAUUAAAAUUGCCUGAAGAAUCCGUGACACUCGUCCCUGGUAGAUCUUCGACAUCUGCUGCAGAGUCUUCGAUUAAUAGUAACAUUAAUGUAGAAGAUUCAAACUUGAAAACGGUUACGCCGAGAGGCGCGUUGGAGAUUAAAGAUCCUGAAGAGGCAACAGAACGGACGGUGACCACGACGGCGAGUAGUCUGUCGCACUCGAUCCAUCCGGAAUCCUUAAAGCAGAUCGAGGAAGCGAUUGAUAAACACGAGUCCCCAUAUGAAGUCUCAUUCACGGUCAAGAAAGACGAGGAUCUGGAGACGACUGCUGAUGAUUUCAUCAGUCGACUCAUCGCUCAGCACCAGCGACCUGAUUCCGUCUUAAAGGAUGAACUGGAUGAUUACGACAUCGUCAAGUCUGUAGAGCCGGAACCAGAGAUUAGUAUUUUGCAGACGCCGAAAUUUUCUGUCGCUAAUCACGCCUUUCCGGACAAUGCGAACAACGGAAGUUUUUACGUCGCUGAAAAUGACACUGCCAGUGAAUUUAAACAGUCGGAUUCAAAUAUGAGCAUGGUGAGUCUCCUCCAGCUAAUGGCAGAGUUGCUGAAGUUAGAUCGACUGCCACGACCAUUUUCGGCGAAAGACCUGAGUAACAUAGAACCCCGGGAUUCGUUCAACUUGGACCUCGAUGAAACCUCGUAUGACACAACGAGUCCACCGUUUGCUCAAACCAGGGCGACGUACAAAAACGCAAAUUCCAGGGCAUCCACUUUCGCCACGUCGAAGACACCCGCUAAGCUUGCCGAAUCGAAAGUGUCACGGAACAUACAACUCAGUAAAGCAUCAUUCGUCACAGGGAGCCCACGGUUGGAUCACUCACAAGCUAUAACGCCGUUCGGCAAUGCAGAUUCCAAGAUACCGUCUUUGGGUGAUGCUUUGAAGACCCCUAACAUUGAUCUCAAGCCGUCUCUCGACGCUUCUUCGACAGUCAGCUCCAACAAUAUCACGGAGCAGAAGACGGGUCGGUCGAUACCAGAAAGCAAGGUCGCACGACCGCGCCAGAAAGAAGAAAUCCUAGAGCGAUUGACAGAAAACUUGGGGCAGCCUCUUUACCACGGAGAAUCGAUUCGUAGAUCACUCGUUUUCGAUCUGCCGCAAGUGCAGAGGAGCUUGGAUUUCGAGACCGGUUUACCGAUAGAAGAGAGCGAGCAGGCAACUAGCGAAACCGAGGAGGAAAGUUCAAUAUCUACGACAACGGCGAUGACAACGACAUCGCAGAUAACGACUACGACGACGGAAUCUGCGAGGACUACCGUCGAGACCGAGUUCGUUCCUUCCUUGGGAUUCUCCUUAGAUACCAACGAGGGUCGCGAAGAAUACGUUCAAGCAGUCCUUGGAGGAUUGAUCGACGAACACACCAGCGAAAGCGGUAGAAAUGAAUCCAGCAUCGCGCAAAAUGAAGCUUCAAAAAAUGAAACUUUGGAAGCCGAGCAAUAAGGGAAUUUAAAAGAAAGUUAAGAGAUCUCUGAAGAGUCCGAAAAAUUAGGAACGUUUGGAGAUCCCUGGGAUGCCUUUGACAAUCGAUGUUAUAUCAAUGUCGAUCAAUUAUAAUUAGCCUUUGAUUUUUUUUCCCUAGAAUUACGAUUAAAAGAAUUAAUGAAACAAAAAUUGCAAACUCGACCAUUGAUAUUUAUAUUACAUUUAAAAACAGAUCUAACGAUGAUUUUCUUGCUCACAAUAAUUUUACAUUAUGGAAAUUAUGUCGAAAAUUUACCGGAUAAAAGUAUCUUUAUGUACUUAGAUGUCGAGUAAAUAUGAAUAUUAUGUUAUUUUUCAAGUAAAUAGUGAGAUGUGCAUUUGAAGUUGUAUUAACCUCUCUCAUCCGUAUUAAUCACAAGAUUAAAGUUAGUUAAUAUAAUAAAAAUGAUAUAUUUACGCAUGUUUGGACUCAUGCACAUAAUUAUUAAUUCUCGCACGCCAAAAUGUAUUUCUUAAUGUGACCAUAUAAAGACAUUAGACGUUGUAAAAGGGAUAUUAUUGCUGGUUUAUUUGCAAUAAUGGGCUUCGAUGGACAUUAGUUACGUUUCGUAAAGCGGUGUCUUGCUCAUGUAGCGGUAGAAGAGAAGAGUAUGUGUGUGUGUAACAAUGUGUACAUCCGGUGUGAGUGCGGGAGAACAUAUGUAACACUGCGAAUUGAUUAUUUUCUGUUUAACCCCACGGUUUCGUAUUAAUUUUUGAAAAAUAUAUCUCGUUGUACGAAUUUUACUGCCCAGUAAGAAAUGACUCGUCGAUCGAUGUCGAUCGGUGUGCAAUACCACAGAUUAAUAGACAGAUCGCCAAAGGCCCGGAUGAAGUCGAGACCAUGCACCGUACACUUUGCUCCUUACCUACAAACUUUGCCCCUCUAGAUGCGAGUCUGGAUUAAAUAUAUUCGAUUUUUUCGACAAAUGUUGCCUUUCGGUGCGAGUCCGGACUAUAGUUUCUGUGCUUCUAAUUCUUUUUAUUCACUUUUAUGCACAAAAUAAUACCAGGAUAAGUUGCGGACCUGUCGAUAAGGAGCAAAGUGCGUGGUGGUCUCAAACUUUACCCGGACCUUCCCCCACGGAAAAA